UUUUAAUCAAAAAUAAAACAAUUCUUGUCUGCUUGAAUGAAACGGAAACUACUGACAUCUUUAGGUUUAAAUCGUAUAUAAGACAUUUUUGUAAGUCAAUGAAAUUUAUGUUGUGGGUUAUUUAUGACCAUGAUAUAUAUUGGCUGAGAAUAAUAACCAAAUUGUGUUUGUCGCAUGUAAUACCUUCUAAAAGAAAAUCUAUCGUUCUUACAAAUGGAUAUCGGUGAAUUAUUAUCGUACAAACCACCAAAUACACCGAAACGACCAGUAGCAGGAGAAGAAGAUGAUGAAGAUGAGUGGGAAAAUGCUAAGAAACCUAAAAGAGUAAUUAAAACUCCAUAUCAUGCACGUCAAAGGCAACAGAGAGAAAUCGAAGUGACUCCAGUUAGAAGCAGUGAACCCCCUACACCUAUCAGAGCUGCUUUACCUUCACCAGCAAAUGAUGUUGUUGAACCACAGCUGACAGAGAAAGAAAAGCAAGAUAUUUUAAAAUACGUAGAAACUGAGGCUCCAGAAAUAGAGGCAUUAGAUGAAGCAACAUUAAAGAGAAUGGUUCUUCUAUUUGAAAAAAGGGCUCUUAGGAACCAAGAAAUGAGAGUAAAAUUCCCUGAUCAACCAGAAAAAUUUAUGGAAUCAGAAGUAGAACUGCAUGAAACUCUCCAAGAACUUCAUGUCGUUGCAACAAAUCCAGAUCUAUAUCCUUUAAUGGUGGAGUUAGGUGCUGUACCUUCACUGCUUGAAUUAUUAUCUCAUGAGAAUACGGAUAUAGCAGUUGGUGUAGUGGACCUUUUGCAAGAAUUAACAGAUGUAGAUAUUUUACAUGAAAGCCAAGAAGGUGCUGAUACAUUGAUUGAUGCUUUAUUAGAACAACAAGUUUGUGCUCUUCUUGUACAAAACUUAGAGCGACUGGAUGAAUCAGUAAAGGAAGAAAGUGAUGGAGUUUAUAAUACUCUAGCUAUUUUUGAGAAUCUUUUAGAGUUUAGGCCAGAACUGUGUGGGGAUGCAGGGAAACAAGGAUUAAUGCAAUGGCUCCUAAGGAGAAUCAAAGCAAAAACACCAUUUGAUGCUAAUAAGCUUUAUGCUAGUGAACUUUUAUCUAUUCUUUUGCAAAACACACCAGAGAAUAGGUUACUUCUUGGUGAACUUGAUGGAAUUGAUGUGUUAUUACAACAAUUAGCGUAUUACAAAAGACACGAUCCUCAAACAGCUGAGGAGCAAGAAAUGAUGGAAAAUUUAUUCAAUGUUUUAUGUUCAAGUUUAAUGGCAACUGUAAACAGAGAUAGAUUUUUAAGGGGAGAAGGACUGCAACUUAUGAAUUUAAUGUUGCGAGAAAAAAAAAUGUCUAGGAAUGGUUCUCUUAAAGUAUUAGAUCACGCCAUGAAUGGCCCAGAUGGAAAAGAUAAUUGUAGUAAAUUUGUUGAUAUUCUCGGAUUGAGAACAAUAUUUCCAUUAUUUAUGAAAACACCAACAAAAAAUCGGAAGAGAAUGCUUACAGCGGAAGAACACGAAGAACAUGUAGUAUCAAUUAUAGCAAGUAUGCUGAGGAAUUGUAAAGGCCAACAACGUCAAAGAUUGUUGAGUAAAUUUACGGAAAAUGAUUACGAGAAAGUGGAUCGAUUGAUGGAGCUCCAUUUCAAAUAUCUUGAAAAAGUGGAGGAAGUUGAAAAAAAUACAAAGGAAGAUGAAGAUGAAGAAGAAUCGUACCUGAGAAGAUUAGAUGGUGGAUUGUUUAUUUUACAAUUAGUAGAUUAUGUAUUAUUAGAGGCGUGUACCGGUUGUCCACCGGCAGUUAAACAACGAGUAACACGAAUUUUAGCUCAAAGAAGAGCUUCUUUAAAAACUAUAAGGCAUAUCAUGCGAGAAUACGCGGGAAAUCUUGGCGAUGCUGGAGAUUCGGAAUGGAGAGAAGCAGAGCAACAACAUAUAUUGCAAUUAAUCGAUAAAUUUUGAUGUAUACUUUUUAAUGAAAGAGUUAAAAACUUUAA